AUGGACUCCACUCUUAAAGCUAUAUUUAUUUUUUUGCUUUUCUCACAAUACAUGAAAAGAGAACUGGUAAGAACAAUACGGCGCUUUAAUAUACAGAUUUAUCAAAUCACAAAAACACAUAAGGUGUUGUUGGAGAGCUUGAACACAGCCAAGAAGUUAAAAAGAGAUGUUACUGCUAUCCACAAUGGUGUAACAUCCUCAGAAAAAAAGAAGAAGAUAAAUUUAUAUAUUACACAAAACCCAAAAGAGAAGAGAGAUACAAACCAGACCUCUAUUCCUCAAAUAAAAUUUUACAGAUUCUUCUAA